AUGAAUUUCCUGUUUGGAAGUUUGUAUGAAUCCAACUGCAAUGUCGAUAAGAGACCAUGUACCGAAGACCAUGUACCGACAUGUCGUCAGACAUCCAAUUUUGCUGGCCACGUGGAUUCGCCGCAUGUCGUCGCAUAUCGAGCAGGUGUCCUUUUUUUCAUCGCAAAAAGGCGAAAUGAAGGUAGUGUAUUUUAUAGUACCUUCAUUGAAUGUCACCAUGAAACGCUGGCUUCUCCAAGAAGAUUAAUUUAG